UUUAUUAGCGUGCGACGUGCGCUGCGGACGUAUGUUACGUGUGUUUUCGGCUUGUUAACUUUUUUUUUAUUGUUUUCCUCUCUUUUUGUUGUUGUUGUUAUUGUGCGUGUGCGUGACUGCAGCUAAGCGCAGCCGUAACAAGUAUCAAAUAUAACGAAAUUUCAAUAAGUUGCCAAGAAACAAGCCAACAGCAAUUGUAUAUGCAGCGUUCUAAGGCAAUGGCUGUGCAGAAAACUUAAACAAACAAAAGAACUAGACCAAAGGUAAAGAAGCAAAGAAGAAAAAAACGUGUGUUGGGUCGUAGCCGCAACCGAAGCGCGGAGCCAUAGGCAGAGCCAGAGCUCAAUCGUGUGCACGCUGCUCCAAGAGGCUGAAGCUGAAGAAGUGGAAGAAACAGCAGCAGCAGCAGCAGUAGGCGAACAAUUGUUCAAUUGCCAUUGCGACUCGGCGCUCUCUGUCAUUCUUUCACACUCAUUCUCUCCUUCUCCUUCCCCCUCGCCGCUGCUGCUGACCGGCCGCCUGACCGUCAGCGUCGUCAUUCGUUUUGUCGUUGCCUUUACCCGUCGUCUGCUCUCUAAACGCGCGCGUUCGUCGCUUUUCCUCUUCCGGCCUGGCCACUCUGAAGUUAACGGCAAAUAGCAACCAGCAACAACAAUAACAAGAGCAACAAAAACAGCAGAAUCAGCGGCAAAAUUAAAUUGCGAUACGCAUAAUAGGAACAAAAAUGACAUCGAAAAAGCGAAAAAGUUUUUUGGACGCCGAUGAUAACGACGAUUUCGAUGACGAUGAUUCCGGCUCUGAUUUCGAUGACGAUGAAGAUCCAGAUCAAAUAGAAGUGCCCGGCGGUGGUCGUGAUUUAAAUACUGCAGUUACCUACGCUCAAAACAUUCGCAGCUCAGUUGGCAUCAACGUUGCCAACAAACAGGCGAACAGCGGGCAAGGCGGCAGCCUGAGCGGCAACAACAGCAACAUAAGCGAAGCUUUUCUCAAGCUGGGCAACAGCAGCAACAACAUUAUUACUAACAACAACAACAGCACUAACAACAAAAAUAACAAUAACAGUAGUAUCAGCAACAACAACAACAACGUCAUCAAAGUGAACAGCAUUAGCAAGCCAAAUUCCUUGCUGUUGAGCAACAAUAUCAACAGCAGCAACAUCAUCAACAUCAGCAACAACACCAGCAACAGCAAUAGCAACAACAACAGCAGCAAUAACAUUACCGUGCUGCGGCCAACGAUUGUGACGCAUACAGCAAAGCCAACAAUUGUGGGCGGCAAAUUUACGGCGCUGCCAACGACGAUAACAACAAAAGUCGCCCUAGCGGACAAGAGCCCAAACAACAUGCCAAAGAAAUUGACGGCGGCAGGAGCAGCAUCUGCCAGCGGCGCCAAUAGCACAAGGAUUGGCCCAAGUGGCGCCGGCAGUGGCAGCGGCACCGGCAGCAGCAGCGGCAGCGCUGCCGGCCUAAGUGCAGCCAGCGCCUAUUUGAACAGCGGCGCCGGCAACUAUUUGAACAGCCUCAGCACCAACGAUCUGAUGAGCCUGGCCGCCUAUGUCGCCUCCAAAGGAUCUUCAGUGAAUAGCAACAACAACCUGAUCAGCAACAACAACAUGAACAACAAUAACGGCAGCAAUAGCUUCUUUGCCAACAGCGGCGGCGCCUCAACUUCAGCCGCCUCUGCUGCCAAUUUCAAUAUGGCCGCGUCUUUAUUGGCGCAGAUGAGCUAUGCGGGCGGUGCCACGCCCAUGCGUACGCCGUUCAAGCCGCAGCCGGUGGGCAUGGCAGCAGGUGUUGCUGCCAGCGCCACACUGAAGAGCAGCAGCGCCGUUGGCGGUGCCACGCCCCAGGUGGCGGCCACCGCUGGCGCAGCGGGCGGCGGGAUGAAGGUGAACACCAUGAUGCUGGAGAAGCUGCAGAAGCUGAUCUCGCUGAAUCCGGAGUACUUGACCAGCGGCAUACCCAAUCAUGUGAUGACGCAGCUGUUCAUGCAGCCGAUGCGAAUGCCGUCGCAGCAGCAGCAACAGCAGCAGCAGCAGCAGCAGCUGCAGCAACAGCAACUGCAACAGUUGCAGCUGCAGAAUGCGGCUGUGGCGAAUGCCAAUGCGGCGACGGCGGCUGUCUACGUGCAGCAGGAGGAGGAUGAGGUCGACUAUGAGGAGAUGGGCGUGGCCGAGACAUACGCCGACUAUUGGCCAGCCAAACUGAAGCUGGGCAAGAAGCAUCCGGAUCCGGUCGUGGAGACCGCCUCGCUCAGCUCCGUGGAGCCGUGCGAUGUCUACUACAAGCUGUCCAUACCCGCCGAAACCAUCAACAGCGGCCAGCUGAGCGCCCUGCAGCUGGAGUCCAUCACGUACGCAUCGCAGGCGCAUGACCAUCUCCUGCCCGACAACAGUCGGGCGGGCUUCCUAAUUGGCGAUGGCGCCGGCGUGGGCAAGGGUCGCACCAUCGCCGGCAUCAUCUACGAGAACUAUCUGAAGGGGCGCAAGAAGGCGCUCUGGAUAUCCGUCUCCAAUGAUCUCAAAUACGAUGCGGAACGCGAUCUCAGCGACAUUGGGGCCACGCGCAUCGAGGUCCAUGCGCUCAAUAAGUUUAAGUACGCCAAGAUCAGCUCCGAUGCGAAUAACAACUGCAAACGCGGCGUCAUCUUUAGCACUUACUCGGCGCUGAUUGGUGAGUCGAACAACAAGACGGGCAAAUACCGUUCGCGCUUCCGCCAGCUGCUGCAGUGGUGCGGCGAGGACUUCGAGGGUCUCAUCAUCUUCGACGAGUGCCACAAGGCGAAAAACCUGUGUCCCGUCGGCUCGGGCAAACCCACCAAGACGGGCCAAACGGUGCUCGAGCUGCAGCAGAAGCUGCCCAAGGCACGAGUCGUUUAUGCGUCGGCCACAGGCGCCUCCGAGCCAAAGAACAUGGCCUAUAUGGUGCGGCUCGGCCUGUGGGGCCAGGGCACGGCCUUUGCCACAUUCGGGGACUUCAUUACGGCCGUGGAGCGACGAGGCGUCGGUGCCAUGGAAAUCGUCGCCAUGGACAUGAAGCUGCGCGGGAUGUACAUAGCGCGCCAGCUGAGCUUCAAGGGCGUCAGCUUUAAGAUCGAGGAGGUGCCGCUCUCCAAGGAGUUUCGCAAGAUCUACGAUCAGAGCGUCGAGCUCUGGGUGGAGGCGAUGCAAAAGUUCACGGAAGCCGCCGAGCUGAUCGACGCCGAGAGCCGCAUGAAGAAAACAAUGUGGGGACAGUUCUGGUCGUCGCAUCAGCGCUUCUUCAAGUACCUCUGCAUUGCGGCCAAGGUCAAUCAUGCGGUGCUCAUCGCCCGCGAAUCCAUCAAAUACGGCAAGUGCGUCGUCAUCGGCCUCCAGUCCACGGGCGAGGCGCGAACUCUCGAUCAGCUGGAACGCGAUGAUGGCGAACUAACCGAUUUUGUGUCCACAGCCAAAGGCGUCUUCCAGUCGUUUGUUGAGCGUCAUUUUCCAGCGCCCGAUCGCAAUCGGAUCAAUCGCAUUUUGGGCCUGUACGACGAGGUGCCGGCCGUCAAGCAGGAGCCGAGCCAGACGCUCAACAACAACAACAACAAGAGCAGCAGCACCACCGGCGGCAGCAGCAGCAAUCGGAGCAAGCGCAAGGGCGCCAACUCGACGGCGAGCAGUCGCAAGUCGAAGAAGAAGAAGCGCAGCGGCUCGUGGCAGUUCAGCGACAGCGACGAGGAGGCGGCGCACACGUCCAGCGGGGAUUUGGAUAACAACAGCGACGAGGCGCCGGACAGCGAUGAUGCGUUCAAUGAUGAGGACGAGGACGAUGACGACGAUGAGAACCGGAACGAGGAUGACGACGACGACGACGACGAUGAGGACGAGGACGAGGACAAGCAUGACAAUGACAGCGACAGGCACAGCGUGGCGAGCGACUGCAGCUCCGACUUCAAUCCGUUCUUUCUCAGCGGCAGCGACAGCGACAUGGAUCCCUGGGUGAAUGCGCGCAGCAAGAAGACCAGCGGCAAGAAGACCCAGAAGAAGGCCAAGAAGAAGAAGGGCAAGGAGACGAAGCCCAUCAAGAAGGAGCCCAACACGAGCAGCAACCACAACAACAACAACAACAACAACAAUGCAGCCAUGUCGGCAACGGUGGCAGCCGCCCUGAACGCGGCCAAGAGCCGAAAGCCUCCGCAACUGUCCACGCAGGACAAGAUCCAGGAUUUGCUGCAGAAGAAGCAGGAGCUGAAGGGCACGAUGACACCGGUGGGCGUGAAUGGCGUGAAGCUGAACUAUGGCCCGCCGCCCAAGGAUGCCAUCGAGCGGGCGUGCACCAUGAAGGAGGAGCUGCUGCGCAAGAUCGAAAAGCUCGGCGCUCGCCUGCCGCCGAACACGCUGGACCAGCUGAUCGACGAGCUGGGCGGGCCGGAUAAUGUGGCCGAGAUGACGGGCCGACGGGGUCGGGUCGUCCAGAGCGAUGACGGCUCCAUUCAGUAUGAGUCGCGCACCGAAUCGGAUGUGCCACUCGAGACGCUCAACAUAACGGAGAAGCAACGCUUCAUGGAUGGCCAGAAGGAUGUGGCCAUCAUCUCGGAGGCCGCCUCCAGUGGCAUUUCGCUGCAGAGCGAUCGGCGCGUCUUCAACCAGCGACGGCGCGUUCACAUCACGUUGGAGCUGCCGUGGUCCGCGGACCGGGCGAUCCAACAGUUUGGCCGCACCCAUCGUUCCAACCAGGUGAAUGCGCCUGAGUACAUAUUCCUCAUCUCGGACCUGGCGGGCGAGCGCCGUUUCGCCUCGACGGUGGCCAAGCGGCUCGAAUCGCUGGGCGCUCUAACGCACGGCGAUCGGCGCGCCACCGAGACGCGCGAUCUCUCCCAGUUCAACAUUGACAACAAGUACGGCCGGCAGGCUCUGGAGACGGUCAUGCGCACCAUAAUGGGCUAUGAGACGCCGCUGGUGCCGCCGCCCACCGACUACAAUGGCGAGUUCUUCAAGGACAUUGCCGGCGCCCUGGUCGGCGUGGGCAUCAUAGUCAACAGCGAGAGCCACCCGGGCGUGCUCAGCCUGGACAAGGACUACAACAACAUAUCCAAGUUUCUCAAUCGCAUCCUCGGCUGUCCGGUGGACCUGCAGAAUCGCCUCUUCAAGUACUUCACGGACACCAUGGCGGCCAUCAUCAACCAGGCCAAGCGUGGCGGUCGCUUCGAUCUGGGCAUUGUUGACUUGGGCGCUGCCGGCGAGAACGUGACCCGCGUGCGUCUGAUCCGCUUCAUGCGCAAACAUGCCACAGGCGUGGCGCCCACAGAGCUCCACACGGUGCGCGUGGAGCGCGGCAUGAUUUGGCAGGAAGCCAUUGACAAAUAUGCGGAUCUGUUCAACGAGCACGAGGGCUUCUACACGUCGCAUCAGUUGCGCAAUCACAAGCGCACGGCUAUCCUGGUGGUUGUCAUCGAGCAGCAGCCGGCGGCUCGCAACUCCGGGGAGGCGGACAGCAGCAGCAGCAGCAGCAAGGCGCAGAAGAAGAAGACACGCAGCAAGAAGGAGAUCAUGUGCCAGAUCUACCGGCCCAACACGGGUCUGCAGGUGCGCCACGAAUCGCUCUUUGAGCUGGAGAAGAAGUAUCGCAAGGUCAGCAGUGAGGAGGCCGAGCCGCAUUGGACCGAGCAAUACGAUGCCUCGGUGCACACCUGCUCCCACGCCUAUUGGAAUGGCAAUUGCCGCAACGUCAGUCUGGGCAACGACUGUGAGGUGGGUCUUCGACAGCGCCUCUAUCAUGUGUUGGCCGGCUCGGUGCUGUCCGUCUGGGGACGGGUCGAGCACAUACUGAACACGCGCUCCAAUAGCAAAAUGCAGGUGAUACGCAUGAAGACGACGGAGGGACAGAAAAUAGUCGGCACUAUGAUACCAAAGUCAUGCUUUGAGCCGCUCAUGAAUGAUUUGCGCAGCGACUCGGAGAAGCAGGAGGAGUUCAACUAUUAGAAUACAUUUCAAUUCUUCACUUUCACUCCAUCCACCCAAGUGUAAAACCCUAAUCUAAUCCACGACGCGAUCCGUUUCGGACUCGCCGGGCUCUUUCAAACAUUUAUAAGCCAAAUCAAGAAACAUGAAGAUGAAGAAAAAAACAAAGAAUAUUUAGAAGGAUUUAGGAGAGCUAAUUGACUUCUACCUCUGAUUUGACCUUAUUCAUCUUCUUUUUUUACAAUUUACUUUCCUUAUUUCUGUGUAAUUAAUUUUAAAAUAUCGCUUCCGUACAUAACUCAA